CUAAAAUGGCUCAAAUGAAGAAACUCAAUUUAUUUACGAUUCAAAUACUUUACAACUCAAAGAUACAAGAAAUUAAAUUUCUAAGGCAAAUGUAUAUUUUAUUUUUAUAAUUAUACACCCAGGAAGAGAUUGAAUAAUUAAUUGAACAAAAUAAAGAAUUGGUGGCUUGAUUAAAUCGUUAAAAUGAACUCCUUGAACUAAAGCACAAAUAAAAUUAAUAAUUGCAAGCAAAAGGUAAGUAAGAUUUUAUAUAUUUAGCAAAUAAAUUUUAAGAAUAAAUGGAUAAUAGAGAACAAAAAUUAUUAUAGUCAAUGAAGCUAAAUAGUAAUUGUAAAAUGAAUUAUUAUCUAUGCAUCAAAUUUUAGACCAAACGAC